AUGGCGGCGGGGGCCCCGGCCGGCUCCGGCGGGGACGGCGGCGACGCCUUCGUGGUGCUGCUGGAGGUGGCGCGCGACGCCGCGGCCGAGGCCCCCGGGCCGCGGGCGGCCGAGCCCGGCGCCGGCGCGAGCCCCGCCGGCCGCCCCGCGGCGGGCCCGAGCGGCGCGGCCGCCGCCCCCGGCCCCGGCGCGGCCCUGGCGGGCGCCGUCGCCCUCGACGGCCGCGACCUGCUCGUGCGCCUCGACCGCGGCGUCCUCACGCUGGCCCGCCGCGCACCCCCGGCCGCUGGCCCCGCGCGCGGCUACCGCUGCCCCGAGCCGCAGUGCGCGCUCGCCUUCGCCAAGAAGCACCAGCUCCAGGUGCACCUGCUGACGCACGGGGGCAGCCAGGGCCGCCGCCCCUUCAAGUGCCCCCUGGACGGCUGCGGCUGGGCCUUCACCACGUCCUACAAGCUCAAGCGGCACCUGCAGUCGCACGACAAGCUGCGGCCCUUCGGCUGCCCGGUGGGCGGCUGCGGCAAGAAGUUCACCACCGUGUACAACCUCAAGGCGCACAUGAAGGGGCACGAGCAGGAGAACUUGUUCAAGUGCGAGGUGUGCGCCGAGCGCUUCCCCACGCACGCCAAGCUCAGCUCGCACCAGCGCAGCCACUUCGAGCCCGAGCGGCCCUACAAGUGUGACUUUCCCGGCUGUGAGAAGACGUUCAUCACAGUGAGUGCUCUGUUCUCCCAUAACCGGGCCCAUUUCCGGGAACAAGAACUCUUCUCUUGCUCCUUUCCUGGAUGCAGCAAGCAGUACGAUAAAGCCUGUCGUCUGAAGAUUCACCUGAGAAGUCAUACAGGUGAAAGACCUUUUAUUUGUGACUCUGACAGCUGUGGCUGGACCUUCACCAGCAUGUCUAAGCUCCUGAGGCACAAAAGGAAGCAUGACGACGACCGGAGGUUCACCUGCCCCGUGGAAGGCUGUGGGAAGUCGUUCACCAGAGCAGAGCAUCUGAAAGGCCACAGCAUCACGCACUUGGGCACAAAGCCGUUCGAGUGUCCCGUGGAAGGUUGCUGUGCCAGGUUCUCCGCUCGCAGCAGUCUGUACAUUCACUCUAAGAAGCACCUGCAGGAUGUGGGUGCUCCGAAAAGCCGCUGCCCAGUCUCCAGCUGUAACCGCCUGUUCACCUCCAAGCACAGCAUGAAGGCACAUGUGGUCAGACAGCACAACAGGCGCCCAGAUCUCUUCCCUCAGCUCGGCGCACCUAGUUCUCUUACGCCCAGCAGUGAACUCGGCAGCCCAGGCCAAAGCGAGCUCAACAACAUAGACCUGGCGGCACUCUUCUCCGACGCCCCUGGCGACGGUAGUGGGGCACCCGGCUCCUCUGAGGAGGCGCUGAACCCUGGAAUCCUGACUAUUGAUGUGACUUCUGUGAGCUCCUCUCUGGGGGGCAACCUCCCUGCUAAUAAUAGUUCUCUCGGGCCCGUGGAACCACUGGUCUUGGUGGCCCACAGUGACAUUCCUCCGAGCCUGGACAGCCCUCUCGUUCUUGGGACAGCAGCCCCAGUUCUUCAGCAGGGCAGCUUCAGUAUGGAUGACGUGCAGACUGUGAGUGCGGGAGCAUUAGGCUGUUUGGUGGCUCUGCCUGUGAAGGACUUGAGUCAGGAGCAACAGACCUUGACCUCCAGCAGUAACUUAGCAGUAGACACCACCACACUGACCUCUUCGAGCGCCCCCCAGGGAAACAGCAGUGUCCCAGAGCUGCUGGCGCCAAUCAAAGUGGAACCGGACUCGCCUCCUCGCCCUGAUGCUGUCAGGCAGCAAGAACGAAGCAGAGGGGUGCCCCGGUCUGUGUUCUCCAACCCUGCAGAAAAGCACAGCCCUCAGACAGACUCAGGGCUCAGUGCAGGGACCGGCAGCUUUUAUUUGCUGUGUGAAGUUGGGCUGCCUCGAUUCUCUGAGCACAGAUGGUGUGUGGUGAAUGGGUUACAGGAAAGUGGGGGCUCAGCAAGAACUGAUUCCCGAGCCAUUCAACUAGCCAAGAAAAAAAAGCAGAAAGGAACUGGGAGCAAUGCAGGAUCCUCAGGGUCUACUCAGAGGAAAGUAAAGGGAGACAAGGUCAGUCCUGCUCACAUCCAUGCAGGCCAGGGCUCGUGGUUAUAUGGGAAUCUUGUGCCCAGUGGAGGUCUGCCAGGACCAGCCCCAGCAGCAGGCGUGCCGUGCGUCCAGGUACAGUUACUGCAGGACGACCCCUCAGGUGAAGGAGUCUUGCCACUGGCCUUCAGCCCACAGCCUUCCGCCUUCCACCCCCUGUAUGCUGCGGUCGAUGUGCCCAUCUAUGUCCUCCAGGAGGUGUUUCCUGCAGCUGAAGGAGUGGCUGGGCCUGAGGACACACAGCACACAGGGAGCACCAUCAACCUGCGGGACCUGCAGUGAAGUUGCCAUCUGCCUGGGGACCCACGGGUGCCAGCUCCCACGGGUGUCUCCCGAGAUUCCUCAGUGUUCUCACAGGCCGAGACCAGGCUCCCUUUGGUUUCUGCUCAGAAGGCCAGCCUAGGUCUUCUCUUGGGUACAUUUAUCAAAAAUGUUUUCAUCCAUUUUAUCAGGAACCAGUUUGGGGCUGUCCUGUUUGAAACUGCUUUCAUUGGAGCAGAGUGCUUCAGUGAGCCUCGGCCUGGGCAGACACCCUUCCUUCCAUCCGAUCUGAGCCAGGGAGUGUGUGCUGCGUUUAAAACAGAAAUAGGCCAGAGCACACACUUCCUCGUCAAGUCCGCCUUUCCCUGGAGUCAUGGGCUCUUCCAGUCAGUGUUUCAGCGUUCUGCCUGAGAGCUAGAAAAGUCCCCUCUCCCCUUUCUGAGAGCUGUGUAGCCCCCGUUUUCCAUCACCCCUUGGGUGAUGUUUGCAGUUAGGUUGGUUUUACCUCACUGUAGGGCAAAGGUGGUCCUUUUAUCACAGUGAAGACAAAUUCUGAUCUGUUCUGGAAGACCAGGCGUAAGCAGCUGAUCGGAGAGGACAUUAUGGGGGUGACGUGGGGCACAUCAGAGGCCCUGCGAGCCAGCCCUCUGCAGAGACCAAACUUAGAGCUCAUAGUUUGAGAAUGCUCGAGUUAAAACUUCAUUUUUCUAAUUCUGUAUUUGGGUAUUAACGUUGAAUAAUAAUUUGACAGCAGUUUAUAAAGUAAUGUUCUGGGUACUAUAAAUUAUGUGGAGGCUGUAAUGAUGGCGUUGAAUGUUUCUGUUGAGUUGAAGAUGUGCAUAGCCUGUGUCGGUGUGUAUCUUUGUGGAGUGAGGUCUGUCUUGCAAGAGGAGAUGCGUUAAUAACCUUGCACAUAUUUAUUUGUUCAUUAGUAGAUUGCACACAGAUCACUCGGAAGUGCUUUUUUUUUUUUUUUUUUUUUCCGCCUUGUGCCUUUUGAAGUAUGUUUAUGCAAACACUAUUUCGGUUCUCAGACUUGAAGUCAUCCAGUCUCUCCCUGUCCUGUUUCUGCGUUUUGAGUUUUUGGACAUUUGGGAGUGGCUCCAGCAUUCAGAGUGAUUCCUCUCUGUCCUGUCCAAAGGCCCUGUCUGCCCAGGCUGCUUCUCCACGCAAAGGAACUCGGGCCCAUUUCUAAAUGGUUCUUUCCCCAGAACUCUGUGCUGCUUCAGACUAAAGUUCAGUGGUUGAAUUUGUCCACCUGGCACCUCAGCCGGGUCACCCGGGGCCCUCCUCUCUCUACGGGACCCAGGCCUGUCUGCCAGUGUGGCCUUGGGACCGGGUAGCUGGUGGCCACCCUGCCCUGUCCUCCUGGAGGGUGGAGGGUCUGGCCUCUUGGCGUGCCCUCCUGGAGGUGUGUUGCUGGACUAUUCUGUACCAGUGAGUGUCCACCUCAAAGUGACUGGUACUGGCUGUCAGCUUUCUGGGCACUGAGGUUGCUGCUUGGCAAUGGGCCCAACUCCUAGUGCAAAUGAAUAAAAGUUUUGUAUAGUCACGCACUGAAGGUUUCACUUGGCUUAAUUCAGGGAAUUGCAUGUAUAGCGUUGAAAUCA